AUGUCCCCCGGGAAAUCCGAUAGAAGCGCGGGCUUUGCGGGCGUCGAUGUCCUGCGCGCACGCGAGCUGUACAAGUACUUCCAGCCCCCGCGGCCCCUCGACAACACCGCCUUUCGCUCCGCCCCUCCGGACACUGUCCUCACCGCGUAUGCCCAGCUGGUUUCCUGGCGCCUCAACACCCAGCGCGCCCUCAUCAGCUUCCUGGACCGGGACACGCAAUACUUCGUUGCCGAGGGCACCAAGACUCUGAACAUCGCCAACACCGCAGAGCAUGACGAUCCAAACGAUGCCAUCUGGGCCGGAUGUGUCAGCGUCCCCAAGGCAGGCCGCCUUUGCGAGCACACCAUUCAGCAGCAGCCCGCCGAGGACGGCGGCGACGUCUGCUUCGAGGUCCUGGACUUGGCCCGAGAUGACCGUUUCAACUCCCUUCCAUUCAUUGCCGGCGCGCCCCACUUCAGGUAUUAUGCUGGAGUGCCGCUCCGCACGAAAAAGGGCGUCGCCAUUGGAUCGCUCUUCGCCAUGGACGACAAGGUCCGCCAGCCCUUGUCCGACUCUGAGAGGAAUUUCCUUUCCGUCAUGGCCACGAACGUCAUGUCACACUUGGAGCUCUUGAAAGAGAAGGAAGACCGCAAACGCGCCGUCAACAUGAACAUGCGUCUCUCUGCUUUUGUUGACCCCGAGUACCAGUCUCGAGGGGGGUUGAAGCAUUCAGCCAGCUUCAACACCAGCAAUGUGCCUCGAAAGAACACCGCAGAUGACGAGCGUGCUACAUUGCGCUGCAGCAACGGGCACAACCGAACAUCUUUAUCGACCAGUCCGAAAGUCGCAACCACAGCACCGAGGUCUCCGAAAGCAAGAGUUUCGCCCCGUAGCUCAUCGACCCCUGGAUCACGAAGCAAAAGUAGCGGCAGACAGAGCGUCAUAUCUCAAGGACGACGGACUGCCUCAGUAGACGGCGAUUCGGAAUCCUCGGAAAGUGAGUCGGAACCAGCAGAGUCAAAAGUCGGCGCCGACGAUCGCAUCGAAACAUUCCAACGAGCGGCGGAGCUUUUGCGGGAAUCCUUGUCUCUUGAAAGUGGAGGUGGCGUUGUCUUUAUGAAUACGUGUACCGCGCUACCAUCAAGCAACGGCCGUCCCCCUAUGCCUUUUGAGAGAUCCUCAGAUCACAUCAGCGCGAACUCGAAAGAACCUUUAUAUUCUCCUGGUGGUCGCCCGACGGUUUACUUUGAAGCUGGUCAAUUCUCCGAGUUGCUAGCGUUCUCAGAAAUGCGUGGAGAGAACGACGAAUCUCCAGCGUCCCCUCGCCCGUCCUUUGUACCUUUGUCUCCCUCUGAUCUUGCCAGAUUGAUCAGGCGUCACCCGCGCGGAAAAUUGUAUAGUUUCGACGACAACGGAGUUAAUUUCAGCGGUUCCUCUGGGGAUGAAGUCCAGUCGAAUGGAACCUUUACCGUAGGCAGCAUGAGACACGGGAGGGCUUCCAAGACUGAGUCGGCCAUACUCAUGAGAGCCUUCCCAAAUGCUCGCCAGAUUAUCUUCCUUCCCUUGUGGGAUGUGACAUCAUCUCGAUGGGCAGCCUGCUUCGCUUACAACAACGACGAUUACCGUUCCUUUUCGCACAACACGGAGUUCCUCCACGCGAUAGCGUUCUGCAACUGUCUGAUGACGGAGAUUUCACGUUUGGCAAUCCUUGCCGCAGACCAGCAAAAGAGCGAUUUUAUCGGUUCCAUCUCGCACGAGCUACGCUCUCCGCUACAUGGUAUCCUCGCUUCGUGCGAGUUUUUGGAAGAUACCGAAUGCUCGUCUUACCAGAAGACUCUGGUGUCAACAGCUGAUAGCUGUGCAAGGACACUGCUCGAUACGAUCAACAUGGUCCUCGAUUAUUCCAAGAUCAACACUUUUGAAAGGAACAUUCGCAAGGCGAAAAGGUCACGGAAAGAUAUUACUGCUGCUGCUGCAAAAAUGCCGAUGUUGCAACAAGCGUCUCUAAACAUUUACGAAUCCAUCGACCUGGCGGCCGUCACGGAAGAGGUUGUUGAAGGCGUUGCGUUAGGGCACAAUUUCAAGGACUUUACCACCUUCGCCUCUGAUAACCCCGCCCAGGACGAAUCAUGUCGGAUGGAACGCCGCCAAUCCGCUGUAAGCAUAACUCGCGCAACUAGACCCGAGGUUGAGAUAUUUAUCGACAUCUCACCACAUCGCUGGAACUUCAUCACUCAACCUGGAGCUUUCCGACGUGUGGUCAUGAAUCUCUUCGGCAAUGCGUUGAAGUAUACAAAGGUUGGAUACAUCAAAGUCAAGCUGGAUGUGACGGAAGUUGAGACUCCGGCGGUUGUCAAAUCGGACACUCAUGAGACGCCUACAUCGAGUGUCGCCACUCUUACGGUCUCCGAUACCGGACAGGGAAUCUCGCCACAGUAUCUGAAGACGAAGAUAUUCGCUCCAUUUUCCCAGGAAUCGCCUCUCAACCCAGGAACUGGCCUUGGUCUCUCACUUGUACGAUCCAUCGUUGAUAUGCUCAAUGGAGAAAUCACGAUUCGAUCAGCACUUGGAGCAGGCACAGAAGUGGUGGUCCGUUUGCCGGUCGUCAGAGGCUCGCCCAGCGGCUCAAGCGCUUCGUCAACUUCGACGCCUGCAUCUGCGAGCAGCGCAAUCGAGCGGCCUAUCGACAACACUAUUGUGAAUGUUAGGCAAAUGGCAUCCAGCCUUUCCGUCGCCGUGUUCCGGCCGAAC